CCGCUAUUAAUCCCGGUAACCUCCAACAUGGCGGCGAGGGGCCAUGUGCAAGACCCUAACGACAGAAGACUGAGACCCAUUUACGAUUAUCUUGAUAAUGGCAAUAACAAGAUGGCAAUCCAGCAAGCUGACAAGCUGCUCAAGAAGCACAGGGAUCUUCACUGUGCUAAGGUCCUAAAGGCCAUUGGUCUGCAACGAACAGGCAAGCAGGAUGAAGCCUUCACUCUGGCCCAAGAGGUAGCCAGCUUGGAGCCCACUGAUGACAACUCCCUCCAGGCACUCACCAUUCUUUACAGAGAGAUGCACCGGCCGGAGCUGGUGACGAAACUCUAUGAAGCAGCAGUUCGGAAGGUUCCUACAAGUGAAGAGUACCACUCUCAUCUCUUCAUGGCUUAUGCACGUGUUGGGGAGUACAAGAAAAUGCAACAGGCUGGAAUGGCCCUUUAUAAGAUUGUUCCCAAAAACCCAUAUUACUUCUGGUCUGUUAUGAGCUUAGUGAUGCAGGCCAUCUCAGCACAGGAUGAGAAGCUCUCUCACACCAUGUUCUUGCCCCUUGCUGAGCGCAUGGUGGAGAAGAUGGUCAAAGAGGAGAAGAUUGAGGCUGAAGCGGAAGUACAGCUGUAUUUCAUGAUCUUGGAGCGCCUGGGGAAAUACGUAGAGGCACUAGAAGUGGUGCGGGGGCAGCUCGGAGAGAAGCUCACUAGCGAGCUGCAGAGCCGGGAAAACAAGUGCAUGCUGCUUUACCGCCAGCUGAAGCGCUGGCCUGAAUGCAAUGCCCUGUCCUGCAAGCUGCUCCUCAAAAACCCUGAUGACUGGCAGUUCUACUUAUCGUAUUUCGAUUCGUUAUUCCACCUCAUUGACCAGAGCUGGACACCACCAGAAGAAGGAGACCAUUGUACAGAGGGGGAGGUGCACUGUUCCGUGUCCCAGGCCAUCAGUUUUGUAGAGGAGCGGCUAGCGGCGGAGGAGGCAAAGGAGUCGAGGCCACUGAGAGGCCCAUACCUGGCCCGUCUAGAGCUCAUACAACGCCUCCGGCAAAGGAGUUGCUCUGAAGAACAGCAGCUAGUAGGUGAGCCUCUUGAGCUGAUGUUCCAGUACUUUGUAAAGUUUGGAGACAAGCCAUGUUGCAUCACGGAUCUGAAAGUCUUUCUGGACCUCCUCACGCCUGACCAGUGUGUCCAGUUCAUUAACAGGCUGACAGAGGCAGUGCCUCUUGGGGCAGCAGGUGAGGAUGACGUGGCCUUGCCAGGAGAUACUCGCGCACUCCAGAGGCACCUGUGUGUGGCCCAGCUCGGCCGCUGCCUGGGACUUCAGCAUGCGCUGGACACUGAGGGCAAACUGGCCCUCAUCCGGGAACUCAAGAUCCACUAUCGCCAUGGUUUACAAUUCGGGAGGAACUGUCUAAAGACAGAGCUGCAGUUCUCGGACAUGUACUGCCUCAUGGCUGCCCAUGUCUAUAUAGACCUGUGGAUGCAGACUGGUAAUGAGCAGAUGUUGUGGCAAUGUUUAGGACUGCUGGAGGAAGGCUUGACGCACAGCCCCUCCAACGCCCAGUUCAAGUUGCUCCUCCUGCUCCUCUUCUGCCGUUUGGGCGCCUUCGAGCCCGUGGUGGACCUCUACUCUAGCCUGGACGCCAAACACGUCCAGCACGAUACCAUAGGAUACUUACUGACUCGCUAUGCAGAGUCUUUGGGCCAAUUUGCUGCUGCUUCCCAGUCCUGUAACUUCUCUCUCAGGUUUUUUCAUUCAAACCAGAAAGAUACCUCAGAAUAUAUCAUUCAGGCAUAUAAGUACGGUGCAUUUGAGAAGAUCCCUGAGUUCAUUGCCUUUAGGAAUCGCCUGAACAACUCGUUGCACUUUGCCCAGGUGCGCACUGAGAGGAUGUUGCUGGACCUCUACCUGGAAGCAGACAUAUCAUCCACCUUAGAGGAAAGUGUAAAGUCUAUGUCUCUUUGUCCUGAAGAAGACGACAUCCCGUGGGACAACAUAAGGGACAACCGUGAUCUCACCGUCUUUGUCAGCUGGAACCCAAAAGACCGGCAACUGAAUGAGGAGCAUCGACAGCGCUCUGUAGAAGAGGAGGCCUUGUGGCUGAAGAUUCGCUCUGUAACGCUGAGGUUGGUGGGCUGUCUCUCUGGACUCUGUCACCCGCCGUCUGUGCGUAACUCUGAGAAGACCACAGAGAAUGGCGUGGCGGCAAAACCCUCGACCCUCCAGCCUCUGAUCUCCCAGCUGGAGAGCACUCUCAGCCAGGCAGUGCAGUUUACUGAAAGGCAUUCGCAGCAUCAGUACCCAAUUUUGGGACCCCCAUCUACACGACUGGCUCAGGCUCUGGCCAGUGGCAGCUGUCACUGCCAGCUUUCCGCCCUGCAGCUCCCCAUCCACUUCCAGGAGUUGGAGGCUGCUGGGCUGGAUCAGUCAGCAGAGCUUCAGGCCCAAAUUUCAAACCUUUUCAAAUCGCUAACAGUACAACUUCAAGAUAUGCUGAAUAAAUGUAAAGGUGACUUGUUGGAAGUGAAAGACGGCCGAAGUAAGGCCCAGCCUUCCCUAUUAGAAAAUUUAGUCUUCUUUGUAGAGACAAUUUGUGUUGUCCUCUGGGUGUCCAAUUACUGUGGCAGCACGCUCCGACCGCUUAAGUCUAGCUUACAAAAGAAGAAGAAAAAGAAAAAGGAUGCUAGUGCAGUAACACCAGUGGUGCUCUCUGGGUUCCAGGAAUUCACGAGCAGCCUGCAAAGUCUUCUCAGCCAGGCCCUGGAGCAUAUUAAGGGCCAGGAGAGCCACCUCACAGCCUUGAAGAUGGAAUCCCUUUCUCUGGAGGGACUGUCCCAGACUGAGGAGGAGGGAACCUUCACAAAGACUGUAAUGGACAAAGUGCAGAGCAGCUACCUGCGGUCACUGCAGGAGGUUGGGGAUCUGCUGAGGAAAAGAGUCGACACAUUAAAGUCCCUGAAGAUUUGAACGAUCACCCUCAGACCAGCACACCCAACAAGUCACACAGUCCUCAGUUCAUUGCGCCAUCACACAUCUCUCUCUCUCUCUCUCUCUCUCUCUCUCUCUCUCUCUCUCUCUCUCUCUCUCUCUCUCUCUCUCUUUUCUCUUUUUUCUCUUUUCUCUUUCUUCUCUUUCUUCUCUUUCCUUUACUCUCUUUUUCAUAUCUAGCAUCACCACCCCCCCCCCUUUUACACACUGGCACGCACAAAACUCACAGCUGCUUCAGCACAACCAUCUACGGUGCUCUGAGCCACCGAUCAAGUGAAUACAGAUGUUCCUCAUAUUCCUCGUGAACUAGAUAGACAAACAAAUAAGCAAUUUUAGAAGAACUACUCUAUAAAUUAUUGUACAUAGUGUGAAGGUCCGAGAAUAUCCACCUGAACUCCUUGCCAGAAUUAAAGUGAAUUGCUUUGUCCUUUUUGUCACUGUCUAAUGUCGUUGUCUCACUAUUUACUACCUAGCUGUAGAUGCCCCUCUACCCCACUGUCCCUCUGAGUUGCUCCCAAUUAAACAACGCCGCCGCUCCCACACUUCAGAAUGUCGCCCAUUUUUGUGCGGCGCUGCUCGUCACAGCUUUUACUUGCCGAGCCUUGUACACCAAAAGUCCUUUGGUGAGAACUUCGCAAGACGCUAAUGUAGCUGUUCAGUGCAAUUAAGUGGCUUGGUGCUGCUUCCGUAGCAGCCGUGGAGCUGCGCAGCGCUUUGUUUUUGAGUCCUCAUCAGGAGUAAUGGCGUUGUAGCGUGUGGUGGAAGAGUCUGUGCGAUGUAUCCACUUGCAUAUGCUUCAAACUGCAUUAACAACGGUCUUUGGGCAAGAGAAAGGAGUGAACGUCGCUGUAGUAAAUUAGAACAGUUGUUUUCCACUUUAGCGUUGUUCUUUGUUUUUUCAUUGCUACACAGUGAGCUUAUGUAGGGCACUGAUUUAAUGGACCUUACAGAAUACUUGUUUCAACAAGGGCCAUCUGUAUUGCAAGAUGUAGCUUUCCUGCCUAUGGUUUGUUUUGCCAACUGAAGGAACGGUCUACACAAAGUAGCACUGACCGCUGCAAGUAUGGGGCUAUUCUCUGUUAUGUGAGACACCUUGUUUUACUCAGAUGGUGGUCUUGCUUUGAUUUCGAUGCUCACACAUUAUUUACAUUUGCUUGGUCAAAGGAAAGGCCCCUGUUCUACUCUGCUGGGGCCAACUUAUUGUAUUGCGUUAUCAAUUUCAGUUGUUAAAAGGGGGACAAACACUUUUUUAAAGACAAGUUAUGUUUACUGUUUAUACUGUUUUGGAGAAUAAAAAUGUAAAUUGCACUGAGGUCCCUAAAAAUUGUGAGAAAUUUUUUUUUUUCUUUAAUUUUAAUAAUAA